CAACAACCAACCAUCAACCUCCACCUCAACCUUAACCUCAAUUUGAACUUCAACAACGGCACUUGACAUGCGUUCAAUCUAACGCUCCAUAUUCCAUUUUACCCUCUUCGUCUUGUUCCAUCUUUUCGUCAUCAUUCUUCGUCCCGCUGCUCUAUCCCACCAUCUGCCGUGCCUAAUCAAGGAGCGCUUGGUCAAUUUCCGGCAGAUCGGCCUUGCCGUCGUGGUUGGAUUGCCGACGCUGAAACUGUGGUCAAACAGGACAGCACAUCAACCAUCCACACCACCAAUCCAAUUUAACUGGUGUAGGCAUCUCGGGGGGACCCUGUCGGCCAACUGCGUGAUCUGACGUACGAUUUGCAUGUCACCUUUGGAGAAAGCUUGAUUGCGGCUUUGCCAACCAGAGGCGCCGGUAGCAACAUCCGUCUGCAGGAAGAAACAUUGGGACUCGAGUCUGACAGUGUUUGUCUCAUCUCUGUGCCUACAAAAGUCCUUUGAGGGACACUCUACCUAGAUUGGACACCUGCCUAUAAUGCCCGCGGACGAGGACUCAGGCGAGAGGAGGGACCAGGAAGGGAGACACAGACGGACGCGCUCUCAGUCCGUGACCCGCACCCGUUCGCGAUCGCGGUCUCCCAGGCGACAUCGGGAUGAGACGAGACGGAGGUCACCCAUCGACGAGAGGAGCUCGCGUCGGGAGCGGAGGCGGUCUCCGCGCAGGGAGGACCGCGACCGGGAGUCCAGCCAUCAUCACCGACACCACCAUCAUCGCCAUCGGGGCUACAAAGACAAAGACCAGAGCAGCAAGAAACCCGCCACCGCAGCUACUGAGCCUCUACCUUACGAGGCACGGCAGCUAUCCAAGUCGGAGCUCGGAGUCUUUCGGCCGUUGCUGGCGUAUUACCUCGACUUGCAGAAGCAAAAGGACAUCCGCGACAUGGACGAGCGGGAGGUACGGGGCCGUUGGAAGAGUUUUGUGGGGAAGUGGAAUCGCGGGCAGCUAAGUCAGGGGUGGUAUGAUCCCGAGAUGUUUGUUGCGGCCAAGGAGAGGGCCAUUGAGGAGGGCAUUGAUGGACCAAGGGACAUGGCGGGGCGCGAUGAAUCUGAGGAGGCGAUGGAGGAGAAGCGUGGGAGGGUUGGUGAUGAGGAUGGGAUUGAAGAUGACGAGGACGAUGAUGAGGAUGACGAUGACCUCGGACCGAGACCCCCGCCCACGGCACGAGAAGGGGGCCAACGCUCAGGCCCUGGCAUCCCGAGCAUGGCGGACCUGUCCCUCCACCGCGAGACCCUGGCCGAGGAAGCGCAGCGCGAGAGGGAGGCGCGGAUCGCGGACCUUCGGCAGCAGCGCAAAGACGAUCGCAAGCUGCAGCGCGAGCGGCUGGACGACGUGGCGCCGCGCGCGGAAGCUGGGACGCGCGAGAGGCAGCUGGAGAAGAAGGCGUUGGUGAACGACAAGAUGAAGGAGUUCCGGGACAAGGGCGGCGGAGACGGCGGAGUGCCAGAGGUCGCGGAGCAGGAACUCAUGGGGGGCGGGGACUCUUUGCAGGAGUUCAAGGCAAUGAAAGCGCGGGAGGAAAGGAAGAAGACGGAGAGAGAGGUGAGGAGGGAGGAGAUUGCGAGGGCGAGGGAGGCGGAGAGGCAGGAGAGGGUCCGGGAGUAUCGCGAGAGGGAGGAAGGGGUUAUGAAGGGGCUGAGGGAGCUGGCGAGGCAGAGAUUUGGGUAGACACGAGCGGUUAUGCAUGAGUGGGUCAACAUGGCGAGAGCCCGUUUGUGGCCGUGUAAUGUAUAUGUCGUUGAUGAGGCUGGGAAGGACAUCUCAAAUGCCUCCGUACCUUGCU